UUGUGUAGAGUCCGGACGCAGAGGCUCAUAAGCAGCUCAUAAGCACCUCUGCUCCUCUGCUCAGCGACUUAUUAAGUUUCUGGAACGCUUAUAAGCGCAUCGGCUUUUCCUGCACGCACGCAGUUUUUUUUUUUGGAUGUUAAACACGACUGCUGAUUCAUUUGUGACAUUAAUUUUAAACACGCAGUUGGUCCACGAGCCUCUCCGUCGUCUCGUGCCUCAUUUCCGCCUGAUGUUUAAGUCAUGGUGUGCGGCUCUGGAUGAAAAUUUUCCUGACAGCUCUCCCGGCUGAAGAAACGACACCGCCGCGGUGUUCAUGGCGCUCAGUUCUGCAUGAUUUCUGCUUUCUGAUUCCGUCCAUGAUCCGGAUGAGCUUCUCCAAAGCCGCUGCUUCUUCCUGCAUGUGAUCUGAUUCAUUCCACGGCUGCUGAAGGGUGUUGAUGGAGAGCUUUUCGAAUGACAGCCGGGACAGUGGUCAUCACAGGCGGGAUUCUAGCUACAGUAAUCUUACUGUGCAUCAUUGCAGUACUGUGCUACUGUAGACUGCAGUAUUAUUGCUGUAAGAAGGAGGAGUCCGAGUCGGAGGAGGAGGAGCCUGACUUUGCCGUGACGUCUCGUCUGCCGCCUGUACACUCCAACCACAACAUCCUGGCUCCUGCUGUCUCCCCGGUGCCCACCCCCAACGGGCCGGCCCUGUUCACGCCCCCACAGCCAACACGCAAGCUGACCCGCUCGCAGACGUUCUGCCCGUCCUGCACACACUACGACAUGCCCUUCUACCUGCAGCAGCCGGACAGCCUGAGGAACGGCGGUGAGCGUCUGAGCUUCCGCAGUGUCCAGCAGCACGAGCUGGAGCUUCCCACGCCCCUGUCCACACCGCUGCCCACACCGCUGCCCAACUACCACAAGCUCAACCUGAACCGCUCCGUCACCAUGAGACAGAUGUUCACACGCAGCUGCAGCAUCAGCACCGACGUCUAGCGCUGGGAGAGCGUCUGACCUGCGCCCCCUGCAGGCCUGGAGCAAAUCCACAGGUCCGUACAGACGCUCGGUUAGAGCUCAGGCUCAGAGGACGCUACACAGAAGGUGUAAAUGUUUUAGCACACAAAACACAUUCAUGGAAAGUGGUGAGGAAUAAAAAUGUAAAAGCUAUUAAAUGAAUUAAUCCUGAUGUUAGGAGGUGGUUUGGGGAAGUGAAGAAAAAAAGGGCUCGAGAGAGUUUGUGUGAUUGUCUCAUUUUGGUCUAGAAAAGAAAAAGAGAUCACAACACUUUCUUUUGUACAUAAAGUUUAACUUGUCAUUUUGUAACACCUGUGUUUGUGAAUGUGUGUAAGUGAGUGUGCGAGUGUGUGUGAGUGAGUGUGUAUGUAUUUGUGUGAAUGAGAGUGCGUGUGAGUGUGUAUGUGUGUGUGAGAAUGAGAGAGAUAUAUUAUCAGGAUUAAACUGUAAAAUACAGUGUGUGAGAGUGUGUGAGUUAGUGUGUGUGUGAGUGAGUGUGUAUGUGUGUGUUUGUGAGUGAAUGUGAAUAUGUGUGAGUGAGGGAGUGAGUGUGUAUGUGUGUGUUUGUGAGUGAAUGUGAAUAUGUGUGAGUGAGGGAGUGAGUGUGUGUGUGUGUGUGUGUGUGUUGUGUGUGUGUGUGUGUGUGUGUGUGAGAAUGAGAGAGAUAUAUUAUCAGGAUUAAACCGUAAAAUAAAAAUGAAAACAUACAAACUGACUGAAGAGAAAAAGUAAACAAGCUCAAAUUUGAGCUGCAAUAAAAAGAUCUGAAAUAAUCAUGAAGUAGAAAAUAAACCAAACAAAAACACGAACUUUCAUUUGUGUUAUUUCUUAAAUUGACAUUGCAGUGUAUUUAUCCAGAGACACAUCGAUGUUUUUAAAUCUUAUUCCGUGGGUUUAUAGGAUGUGAUAUUAUCUGGAACAUCUGGUUCCUCUUCUCUUGCUGAACAGAAGCGAGGCUCUGGGCUGCAGACUCCAGUGGACUGACAUCAGGUUCUUCUCAGCCUGGCUGUGUGUGUGUGUGUGUGUGUGUGUGUGUGUGUUUCUUUUCGUUCCCAGAGAAAAUGAUUAAAUGAUUAUUUUGUUUUCAGUUACAGAAAUGAUUCAUGAGUUCGAGAAUGAUUUCUUUUUAAUAUCUCAGAUUUAUUCUUUACAGGUUUAACGGUGAGGUUUUGUCCUAAUGGUGAUUUUCUGACUUUACAAACACCAAGUAGUCAUACUGUGUGUACUUUCACACACACACCCACAUACACAAACACACACACACACACACAGACAUACACGCACACACAAACAGAUACAUGGACACACACAGACACACACAAACACACAAGGCCAGGUAAGACAAGUAAGUGCAAUGAAUUUAGGGUAAAGAGUAAAUAUUAGACAUGAUUAUUAGUAUUAAAAUCUUUAUUAUUAUUAUUAUUAUUAUUAUUAUUAUUAUUAUUAUUAUUAUUAUUAUUAUUAUUCUGUAUACUCUUGGCUUUGUUGCUGUACAUUUUCGCUAGUUUCUGGGUUUCAUCUUCCUGAAGUGAUGUCAUGUUUUAACCUGUACAACC